CACAGUUAACCCUGUUUAAUGAUACCAUGCAAACAUGACCCUCAAAAGUGGCACCACCAGCGCCUGCGCCGCCUGCAAAUACCAAAGGCGAAAAUGCAUCCCCGAAUGUCUCCUCGCCCCUUAUUUCCCUGCCGACCAAACCAAAGUCUUCCAAAACGCCCACAAAUUAUUCGGCGUUAGCAACAUCGUUAAAAUCCUUAAAAGUUUAGAUCCUUCUCAACAUGCCGAAGCCAUGCGUUCUAUUAAAUACCAAGCUAAUGUUCGUGACAAGUUCCCCGUUUACGGCUGUUUGGGUGUCAUCCGUCAGCUUUAUUACCAAAUUCAGUUACUCGAAGAGGAAUUCCACUCCGUGCUUUCACAACUCGAAGUGUAUAGACAACAUCACCACGAGGUGCCUUCGCAACUAGAGCUAGGCAUGGCACCGCCUACGAACGGUCUACAUUUUCUCACCGCCGUAUCGGACAUGCCGGUUUCGAUGCAACAUUCCUACUCUAACAGUAAUAACAUUGGUUAUUGCUCUUCUUACGUAGAUUCUAAGGACCAUAAUAAUAAUAAAAAUAAUAGUAAUAGUAGUAGUAAUAGUAAUAGUAAUAAUAAUUCUUUGUGGAUUCAACACCCUUUUCUUGCUACAAACAAUAGCAGCAGCUCCAACAGCAAUGAGAAUAAUCCAUUAAUGGCAAUUCAAUCUCAGCUGUUGGUUUCAAACACGCAGCCUUUAGUUAUACAACACGAAGUUGUUCAAGAUUACGAUGAACUUCAUCCUUUCUUCGAUACUAUCGAUGACAGACAAUUUUUUAUUCAUUCUAAAGAACCUUAUGAUUCCAGUUGUGAAGAUUCAGCAAAAGAAACAACACAAGCAAUUGAACUUGUUCCCAAUAAUGAAUUGAAGAAUGCUGCUGCUUGCUUCAGUCUCACUAGUGUUCACUGA